AGCAGCUACCGGAAACGAUAACGUUGUCAUCCUCAACUUCGUAAUCAAACCAAAGCAAAUCAAAUCGACUUGUCGACUUUCGUUCUCGGGGACCAAAAAAUUUCCGAUCAGUGGUGACCUCGCUUGACCCCCGGUUCGCCUCGUCGCCUCGAUUCCGCUGGGUCUGAAUCUGAUAAAGGGUCAUCGUUGUUGUUGCUUCUCUUCCUCAUCUCGGACAAUGGAUGUCUCAGCUUUUUCCGAUGACAACUUUGACGUUAAAGAUUGGAUCAAUAAAACUUUCAAGUCAGCCGAGGCUCAGGAAAACAAAGAUGCUUUUGUAUCGUCGCUGGUUAUGAAGCUGCAACUGUACGUGCAGCAGGUCAAUGGAGCUCUUGAAGAAACCAGUCAAUCGGUAUUGUCAGGAUUACCACGUGUCUUACGUGAUACACAGGUGCUACAGCAGGAGGCUCUUCUCCUAAGAGAAAAAAUGGUUGCUGUGAAACAGGAAAUUGCUAAAGUAGAAAAAGACACAGGACUAUCCAUGGUUAACUUAGAAAGGAUAGAUAGGAUCAAAACAGACCUACAAACAGCUAAGCAAGGCCUACACGAAGCUGAUAAUUGGACUGUAUUGGCAAACGACGUUGAGGAGGUCUUUGAAUCAGGAGAUGUUGAAAAAAUUGCCAAUAAGUUGUCCAGUAUGCAAAAAUCGCUAACGAUGCUGGCAAAUGUAUUAGACUAUGAGGAUAAAAAAUUACAACUUGAGGGCUUGAAAAAUCGACUGGAAGCUAUGGCGAGUCCGCGAUUGGUUCAAGCUUUCACAGCAUCGAGUUUAGAUCAAUCGAAGAUGUAUGUCAAUAUUUUCACCAAAAUGGAUCGGUUACCUCAACUCUUGAAAUACUAUCAUAAUUGUUUGAAAGUGUCUUUGGGCCAGGAGUGGAGAAAAACAAUUGAAGAGCAACUUGAGCAGGAAGACACUAUUAUUUGUUGGCUCAGAAUUUACUAUGACACAUUAUUAUCUACUUGGCUUAAUCAGGUGAAAUGGUGUAAUCAAGUAUUUCCUAAUUCCUCGAUUGAAACUUUAAUCGAUGUAUAUGCAGACUUGUUGCGGAGUCUUUCUCCCAGCUUUAUCGAAUGUAUAGAAUCAGCCUUGAAACAACAAGCAAGUGAUACUCACUUGGCAACUCUGAUUACUUUGAAAGAAAACGUAAGCGAAUUUUCUAUGAAUUUGAAUGGAGCUAUUGAAAACUCGUCCCAAGGGAAAGCAUUGGAUCAAAGCUCUCUAUUGCUACUGGCGCAAGCUGUAUACGCGCCCUAUGUUCCAUACAUAAGCAAAUACAGCGUUUAUGAAUCUGCCAAAUUAAAUCACGAAAUUGAAACUCUAGAUUGCAUCUACGAUGACCUUAGUGAUACAAUAAACGCACUUUCUCUCAGCAUUUCACGAGCAAUUGACAAUGCGAACAGCGCUAAUAGAAGGUGUAAACUGUUCACCGCUGGCUGUGGCUACCCUGGGUUAUUAAAAGCACUAAACACAUAUUUCAAUCAAUAUCUGGAGACCUAUAAAAUAGGCAUUCGACAGUUGGAAAGAAAGAAAAACAAACAAGAGGAUUGGAAUUUAUUCCAAAUGUGUCUGACCCUGUUGCAGAGCAUCGGUGAACUAAUGGGGAACAUCGAACAGUUUGAAAAAGUACUUGUAACAGACAUUGUGGAUACUAACAACAAAUUACAGAAUACUAACAGUCUCUUCACCCGUUACAAAGAAUUUUUAUUGGAUGCUGCGGGAAGAAGAGAGUUGGACAACCUGCUCGCAUCUUUUCAAAAUCAGGAUAAAACAAUUCUUGAUUCUACAACACAAUCGAUACACAAGUUAUGCUCGGACUUGCACAACACAACGUACGAAGUGAUAUUCGCACCAAUUUUUGCUCAAUUAUUACUCGUGCAAAAGGCACCUGCCUGGUCGUCGGAAGCUAAUAGAAUGGCAAAUUUGAGUUCAGACUUACCAGAUUACAGCUUUGCUCCUCAAGAAUACAUCACUCAGGUGGGACAGUACCUUAUGACGUUACCCCAACACUUGGAGCCGUUCUUGCUGAGAGAUAAUCCGAGCUUAACUCAAGCUUUGAGAGCUGCUGAUCCACAGUACGCUCAAGGAUCGAGCGAAUCCGGGUUCACUGAUAUUCUCUUGGGAAUUGUAGCAAAAGGAACUUGCACAAUGUUCCAGGAUCAAACACUGGGCAUUCGCGAGCUGAAUUCUAGCGCUUGUAAACAAUUAGCUACAGAUAUCGAUUAUCUGGGAAACAUUUUGGAAGAAUUGGGUCUCUCAUUAACCGAGCAACUGCAACAAAUGUCUACCCUCCUUAGACUCAGCCCGGAAGAUUAUCAGAGUGGAAGCUUGGGCUGUAAUGCAAGGGUUGUUGCCGCAAUUAGACAAAUGCGUAAUAUAACUUCGUCCGGUUAAAUUUCCACUAAGACUGCGAAUUGUGAAUGAUUCAAUAUUGGGAACACAUUAUAAAUCUAGACUGAAUUUGAACCUUUCGAGUCGCAAAGAGUUAUUCUUGGUCAAGUUUGUGUAAAUACGGUAUCUAGUAUAUUAAAUAAAAACUAUUUCUUUCAUUA